AUCAACAAUACCUUCGUGAAGCCCGAAAUCAACGCUUAGAUCAACAAUACCUUCGCGACGCUCGAAACCAACGCUUAGAUCAACAAAUUUCGCAAAACGUACAAAACGAUUUACGAGGUGUGUACGGUCCUAACAAUGACCAACGCAUCCCACGCGUUCAGAACCAACGAAGAAAUCAAUUGGUCUUCAGCGACUCCCAAUCCAGAAUCAUUGUUAACUUUGUAAACCAAGUGGAGGACGUUCUCAAUAAAUUGAGGAGCAUCAACGUCGAGAACAUAGAAGUUCUGAACAGGACAAGCCGUACCAACUUCUUGAACAAUCUCAAGGAAGGUACCGAAGUUAUUGAGGCCCUCGAGAGACAAUCUGACAUCGUUCCACUCCUCUAUAACACCACUGAUCGAUGUGAUAGCAACUAUCGACCGUUCUUACCUUUGCGCAAAUUUGAAGUCGAACUUGUACUUGAUUAUCUUGACUAUGUCAAAGAAGAAAAGGCCCAACAAACCAAUGACUACCACAUGAUUACCGGCGAUAGACCAACAAGAAUCACUGAAUUCUUUGAAGAAAACGCGGAUUGUUUUGUUCCCCCCGAAAGAAAGAGUCAAAUAAUCGCUAGAGGCGAUCGCAACAGUAGAUUGUAG